GUUAACAAAAUGCAUGUUAGACUAGUUUGGCUGCAAAGAAGAAUUCUACAUACACUGGGGACAACACCUGAUCCUCAUGCAGAACUGGGAUGACAUCAGAAUCCAAACAUCAUCUGUGCUUUGCCUGACUCUGCUCUAUGGACUCAUCUGUGGAAAGCUUUGGCGAACCAGGCACAAGCUGAGAGGACCUCAGGCCGCAAGCAGAGAAAAGUACCACAAGCAAACUGUCAAAAUGCUAGCUGUAGUAGUCCUGGCCUUUGUGCUGUGUUGGCUACCAUUCCACAUUGGCCGAAUCCUCUUUGCCCAGACCACAACCAUCCUGUAUGACAUCACUCAGUACUUCAAUCUCAUCGCCAUGCUUCUCUUUUACCUUGGAGCAUCUAUAAACCCAAUACUUUACAAUGUCAUGUCACAAAAAUACAGAAAAGCAACGAGCAAAAUCCUGAACUACAGUCAAGUCUGGCAAUCCAGAAAUUUGACAAGGAGCGAAAGAACUUCUCUUGAAGAAUCACAGAAAUGUAGGUCUGGAAGAGACCUCGAGAGAGCCUCUAAGUCCAGCCCCUGAAACCAUCCCUGCGAGAUGUUUAUCUAACCUGUUCUUAAAACCCUUCAAUGACAAGAAUUCCACAACCCCCUUUGGAAUCCUAUUUCGGACAACGGAGCCUCCCUGGAAGGACUACUGCUCUGCUAAUGACUCCUAUCACAUCACUAC